AUGAACCAAAUCAAGGAGAUGAAUGAGGAAGCGUAUAACUGGUUAAUGGCCAUACCAACAAGGGCUUGGUGCAAACAUGCAUUCAACUACCAUCCUAGGUGCGAUGUUCUCAUGAACAACCUUUCGGAGUCAUUUAAUGCAACUAUUCUACUGGCUAGGGACAAACCAAUCCUAACGAUGCUUGAAUGGAUUCGGACAUAUACUAUGGGGAGGUUUGCUACAAUGAAUGAAAAGCUGCAGAAGUAUAAUGGUAAAAUCAUGCCUAGACCAUUAAAGAGGCUAUCAAUAGAAGUUCAGGGAACUGGGAAUUGGUUGCCAACAAGAAGUGCAGAGCAUAUUUAUGAGGUUCAACACAUUAUCUCUGAUGAGAGAAAAAAUAUUGCCCCCACCUACAAAAGAGCUGCCGGUAGGCCAAAGAAGUUAAGGAGAAGGGAUCCUUAUGAAGAUCCAAAUCCAAGUAGAUUGAGGAGAGGUGGUGCACCCAUAAAAUGUGGGAGAUUCAACCAACAUGGACACAAUGCCAGAGGUUGCAAGAAUGAACCAGCUCCUGGAUAUGAAACAAGAAAGAAGAGAAUAACUGAAUGUGGAAAAUGCAAGCAAGAAGGGCAUACCACAAAGAAAUGCAAGAACACUGCACCUGUUGACGAAGGUCAAACCUCUGCUGCCGUUGGAACUGUUGGUGAGGACCAAAGUACUGCUGAACCUGUAGUUCAAGGCCAAGGUGCUGCUGUACCUGUAGUUCAGAGCCAAGGGGAUGCUGCUCCUGUUGUUGAUGAAGGAGAUGUGGACCACACAACUGCAGAUCUUGAAUCUCAGUUGACAAGGAAGGGUAAAAGGCCCUAUGUAAGUAGAGCUACUGCUGAACCUGUUGUUGCGAGCCAUGGCGAUGAAAGUGAUGAUGAACUCACACCUGCAGAUUUUCAAUCUGAGUUUACAAGAAAGAGGGGUAAAAAGACUUAUGUAUCUAGAGCUGCUACUGAAGUUCCUGUUGUGGGGAGGUGGACUCAACUACUUACAGCCAUGGUCAGUUCUUCACGAGGUCACGAGGUGCACAAGACCAUGAAGGAGAAAGAUCUACAUCUGCACAAGACCAAAGGAUGGAGGAUGGAGACAAAAGCAUUAGGAAAUCAAUUUAAUUGGUCUCUUAAUGCAAGUGGGGUAGAAUAGCUAUGUCUUUUUGCCAGGCCAAGAAAUCUUAUUUGCUUUGUAAUUGUUUAAUGUUGCACAUGGGUGCCUCUUUUGAUACAAUACUUUACUUGAGGUGGACCACACAUGGCAAUUACAUGUUUGUUGUGGAUGACCUUGCUGGAAAAUUUAUAUUCAAUGAAUUGAAUGUUGACCAUUUUUUUGUUGUAUUUGAUGUGGACCACUACUACUUAACUCCAUUCAUUUUGUUUGGAUGCAUU